AUGACGCACUCAUCCAUUCGUUUACCGAGCUAUGCAGGACCAUCGCAGCAACCAACAAGCUUGCAGCAACAACAAACUGUGCAGCACACCGGCGGAAACAUCGACACGGGUGAAGAAGGGAAAAACCCUCACACAGAGGGCCGUUCCGUUCCGUGUCGGGCCAAUUAUUGGCAGCUCCAACUGGUCGCGGUGGAAUAUUGCCGGACCAAAACAACCCCUCCUAGAGGGUUUUUAUUCCGAAGCGACAACUAUAUCACGCACUGCUGGCAGAGUGUGGGAAUUCAUUUCCGCACUGGAAACAAACGGCGGAAGUUUUUAUUCCGAAGCGACAACUAUAUCACGCACUGCUGGCAGAGUGUGGGAAUUCAUUUCCGCACUGGAAACAAACGGCGGAAGUUUUUAUUCCGAAGCGACAACUAUAUCACGCACUGCGGGCAGAGUGUGGGAAUUCAUUUCCGCACUGGAAACAAACGGCGGAAGUUUUUAUUCCGAAGCGAAGAAUCAGUUCCGCAUCGGAGACACACCGCGGUAGUUUUCUCUUCCGAGCAAGCUCGAGUUCCGCACCGGGAGCAAGCUUUUGCAAAGAGCCGCAAGGUUUCUUCAUUCGGAAAUUUUUUUAUGCGAGCCGGAAGUUUUCAUUCCGACGAAGAUUUCAAUCCCACACCUGGAGCAAGCUGUCAUCACGCACCGGAAGCGGACUGCGAGUGUAUUUGUGCCGCUCCGAAAGCGAACUGCGGAAAUUACAUUUCGAGCCGGAAGUUUUUAUUUCGAAGCAAGCCUUUGCUCCGCGCGGAAGCAGGCGGCGGAAGUUUUCUUUUGUGCCGCUCCAGAAACGGACUGCGGGAGUUUUUCUUGUUCCGCACGGCAGCAGGCCGCGGAAGUUUUCGCUCCAUUCCGUGAGCAGACUGCGGAAGUUUUUGUGCCGCGUCGUGAGCGGACUGCGGGAGAUCUUUUGUGCCGCCCGGAAGCAGGUAGCGGGAAUUUCUUCCGAACCCAAGGCGAAGAGCGGGAAGUUUUUUUUUGUUCCGCACCAGAGGCAGACUGCGGGAGGUUUUGUACCGCGCCAGAGGCCGACUGCGGGGACUUAGUUACGCAUCGGAAGCAGAUUGCGGGAAAUUCUAAUCCGCUCCGGAAGCAGACAAGUGCGAAUGUAAGCAGCGCUAGUACCGCGAUUGGAGCGGAAGUUGCUGCGUGACAGAGGAGGCCAAGGUGCACUGGUGAGGCGCAGAUCCACCGUGGAAGCCCAAUCUUGCCUAAGAAACUCCAGGAAUUUGGCAAGACGAGUGGAGCAGCGAUUCCGUGAUGAAGAUAUCACCGUGCGAGCGAAUCAUGCAUGCAGUAAACAUGUAAGUCGAUAUUCUUGCUACUUUAGUCUUAGGGUGCGAGGCCAAAUGCCAAUAUUGCACCAGCUCACACUCAAGUUAUCAUUGCUCUUAUUUUGGCCACAGAUAGCGCCACUUUUAGUAAAAGAGUCUUACACUCGUUACAAAACGUCAUAGUUUAUUAUCUGCUUAAAAAUUUACUUCACUGUACGUUGCUCAUGUAUCGUUAGCCCUUUGAUUUUUUGGCGAUCUCUAUCCGGCAGUAUGAUGAAAUACC